CGUUGGAUGAUAUGGGUACACACACACACAAAAAAAAAAAAGAAGAAGAAGAGAGUACACAUAAAACAAGUGUUUGGUGGGGAUAUACAUGAAAAUAUUAAUUUUGGGAGGGUAUUUGCGCAAAUUCUAAUAUUUAGAAGGGUAUGCAUGCAAAAAAUUCUAUCUAUAAUGUUCUGGAAAUGGUUAAUGUCAGACGAUUUAGCUAAGAUGAACUCUAUCACGGCAUAACAUUUAUUUUACCUAUCUAAUUUGUCGCAUGUUACAUUGUGAUAUCAUAUUGGACUAGGAUAACUGGAUGAUGCUAGUUUCAUGGUUGCCAACACAUCUAAAGUGCUAUAUUGCCAUUUAUAAGUGAAUGGAUCUUGCACUUACUAAUGUAUGGUUUAGUUAGCUGUCUCGUUAGAGGAGAAAAAUGGAAAAAUAAUUAGAGGACAAAGUUAAUUUUCAAUAAUUUGGUAACCAAAAUAAAUUUAGAGAGGAAAAAAGAUUUUAUUUUCAUUUGGUGAGCUUGAGACAAAAAGUAAGCUGCUAAAGUAUGCAAGAGAGAAUUUUAGAUCUUUCUAGUUUUCUAUUGAAGUAAUUUACCCUUAUUUGAACUCUUUUUGGAUUACCAUAUAUCAGCCUUCUGAACUUAUCAUCCAACAAUCUUAAUGAAUAGGAAUGCCGUAUACUUUACCAUGUUUGGACCACUUGAAUCCACACCGGUUCAUCAAAAAUUUUUGGUCGAGUUCAUCUAAUUAGAGCAUCAAGUUUUCUAGUCUCAUCAUUUACUAGAAGACGACAAUCCAAAUGAUCUUAGAUUUUCGUGUAACACAUAAAUGUUAGGAAUAGUUUUGGUAAUACGUAGUCAAUGAUCUUAGAUUUUCGGUAAAUGUUAAGAAUAGUUUUGGUAAUACGUAGUCAAUCAUCUUAGAUUUCUAUGGCAUACUAGAUAGUUUUGAUAAUAUGUAGUCAAUCAUCUUAGAUUUCGGUGGCAUACUAAAUAUGUUAAUUGUGGAUACCACGAGAUCUUUAAUCACUCAAACUUAGCAUGCUAAAAAUAGUAAUUUUAAAUUAUCAAAAAUUAAAUUAUCCAAAAUGCGGAUUAUUAGUAAUCUAAAAUUGACUUUUAGAUAGCAGUCAGAGAUAACUUUGUUCCCGUUUCGGGGCUUAAACGUGCCAGAAGCUCAUCUAAAAAUCCAUUGCACGUGCCAAUUCCAACUUCCACCACAGCGGCCACGUCUCUUGCCCCUCUGACUUCGUCUUCACUCCAAAACUACCAUUCACUCGCCCCUACGCCAAAUCCGGAAGUUCCACCCGUCUGGAUCUUCCACAACCCCUUCUGUUUUCCCUCUACGCUCCCGGAAACAUUCAAAAACAGCACCAACCCAUGAACGUCACGACUCACGACCACCAACCUCCUCCUCAUAAGGAGAAGGCAGCCAACUGAUGGCGGCGAAGGGCGGGACGAGGCAGGCAUGCGCAGCGUGCAAAUACCAGCGUCGCAGGUGCUCCGCCGACUGUCCGCUCGCCCCUUACUUCCCUCCUGACCAGCCCAAGCAGUUCCAGAACGCCCACCGCCUCUUCGGCGUCAGCAACAUCCUGAAGAUCCUCAACAACCUCGAACCGCCGCAGAAGGCCGAGGCCAUGCGUUCUAUCAUCUACGAGGCCAACGUCCGCGAUCGCCAUCCUGUACAUGGCUGUCUAGGCCUUAUCUUCAAUCUCCAUCUCCAGAUUCAGCACAUUCAAUUAGAGCUGGAUGCCAUCAAUGCACAGCUUUCUCUCCAUCGCCACCACCACCAGUUGUCCUCAUCAUCCUCCUUUCCUAUUACUGCCAAUACAUCUAACCAUCUGCCUUUCGACACCCUACCUACUCUAAUUUCCAUUGCGGAUAGCCGCACCAACAUCGACGUUGAUAAUAACAAGAACGUCGAAGCAUUUUGGACUCAUAAUUCCUACGACAGUGGCAGUACCCAAACUCAUUCAGGAGUGGAGCAUGAAUAUGAUGAAAUAUCACCAUACUUUGAUACUGUAGACGAAGAUCCUGCCUGUGAAUCAAGCUCUGAGUUGUCGCUGAAGGACACGGUGAAGUCAUCGAAGCAUGCUUCUGAGAAUGAGCUGAAAGGAGCCGCAGCAUGUUUUACUCUUACCAGCGUCAUGAACGGGUAG